CUAUACUCAAUUUUUUGAGGCCUUGUUUUGGCAGGGCUAAUCUUGUGGUUAUAGAGAAAGACGACUUCUGUUUUUUUAACUUGGGCUGGACAGGAUUUAUAAUUGGGGCUACUGCCCUUAAUAUCAGCAGCCAGACAAUUAAUUAGCAAUUAGCUCAAACGCCUGGAAAAGGGGGAAAUCCUGUGGGUUCCCCGAGCGACAAACAAUGGCUACCUACAGCCUGGCAAACGGGCGACUGCGCGCCUUGGAAGACAUCGAACGCGAAAUCUGCGCCAUCCUUCAGAAUGCAGGUACCGUGAUCCUGGAAUUUUCCAAGGAAAAAACCAAUGCACGGCUGCUAAACCGACAAGCGGCAGCUUUCAAGGCGUCCGUGCAACACGUAGAAGCAGAGCUGUCGGCUCAGAUCCGCUACCUAACCCAGGUGGCCACAGGGCAGCCCCACGAGGGCUCCAGCUACUCUUCAAAGAAGGACUGUCAGAUGGCACUACAGCGAGUCGACUAUGCUCGCCUCAAGCUCAGCGAUGUGGCCCGUACCUGUGAGCAGAUGCUGGAAAACUAAGCCAAGUAGGCAGAGAGA